GCGGGGGUCGGCUCAAGGCCGCUCUGGUGAUGAUGGCUCCCACGGUCGCAUGGCACACUAACAUUUCCCUCUCAGAGGCUGUGCUUUUGUACAACAAAAUCCUGGAUGAAAGAAGAGAGCCGUGCAAGGAAAGCUCCGUGACUACACUGUGACUGCCACAAACGUUCCAGCCUGAUUCAGCCAAAAGCACAGAGACAACAGAAGAGAGAAGGAAAGCUUCAUAAAGAGCAGGGCAUGAAUCAGGAGGCCAGAAAAUGCAGGAAUUUGAACAUGAAAGAUGAGGUGAUGCCUGAUUUUGUUUAUGCCAGCUUGGCUCCCGGUUAUAAAGCUUCUAGGACAUUCCAGCUUUGGAUCAUGUGUGGCAUGCCAUGCUUUUCUACAGCAUGCUUCUGAUCUAGGUCUGCAACAACACAAGGAUAGUACUGGAAACUUAAAACUGGGAAGGAUUGGCAGUACAUAACGAAAACGCCAGACAGUGGGAGUAAUGCCUAACUUAUCAUUUGGUCUUUCCUCUAGUGCAAGUUGAAGGGGCUGCCUGUAUGUAUGAGGAUGGUUAAAGCAUUUCGUUACUAUUUUCAACAUCCAUGGAGUCGGCUGAUUGUAGCCUACUUGGUGACUUUCUUCAAUUUCCUCAUUUUUGCUGAAGAUCCCAUUUCUCACAGUCAGACUCCAGCCAAUGUAAUUGUUGUUGGGAAUUGCUUCUCCUUCGUGGCAAAUAAGUACCCUGGAGGAGGAUGGAGCUUCCUAAAGGUGCUGCUGUGGUUGCUGGCUAUUGCUACUGGUCUCUUUGCAGGAAAAUUCCUCUUCCAUCAACUCAUGUUUGGUCAGUUACUUCGUCUAAAGAUGUUCCGAAAAGAUCACGGCUCCUGGAUGGUGAUGUUUUUUUCCGCUAUUCUCUUCCUGUUCAUCUUCUCUCAUAUUUACAACCUGUGCCUCUUAAUCGCUGGAAAUAUGAGUUCCUUCAUCAUUAACGAAUACAUGGGUAUAAGAAAUGAAAACUUUAUGAAGUUAGCAGCAGUUGGAACCUGGAUGGGAGAUUUUGUCACUGCCUGGAUGGUCACAGAUAUGAUGCUCCAAGAUGAUUCAUAUCCUGCCUGGGGAGUGACUGCUCGAGCCUUCUGGAGAAAGGGAUAUAACAGGAUUGUCUUGUUCUGGUCGGUCCUAAUCACUCUGACAAGUGUCGUUGUGGUUGUCAUCACCACUGACUGGAUCAGCUGGGACAAGUUGAACCGGGGAUUUUUGCCAAGUGAUGAGGUCUCCCGAGCCUUUUUGGCCUCGUUUAUCCUUGUUUUUGACCUCCUUAUUGUCAUGCAGGAUUGGGAGUUUCCACAGUUUAUGGGAAAUUUGGAAAUCAACCUUCCUGGUCUUCCCACCUCACAUAUUCAAUUAAGGCUGCCUCACUUCCAGAAGAUAUUCAAGAACGAAUAUACAAUUUGUAUCACAGGUAAAUGGUUUAACUAUGGCAUCAUCUUCCUAGUAUUGAUUUUGGACCUGAAUAUGUGGAAGAAUCAGAUAUUUUACCAGCCUGCAGAAUAUGGUCAGUAUGUGGGACCUGGGCAAAAAAUCUAUACGGUGGAAGAUAUGGAGACAUUAAAGAAUUUAAACAAAACUACUCUAAACUGGGAAUGGAGGUCAACUAAUAUUAACCCACUGACUAACAGGACUUAUGUCCAUGGUGACAUGUUUUUGCACAGCAGGUAUAUAGGUGCCAAACUUGGGGUCAAGUGUCUUGCUUUUAUCCCAAGCAUCUUGGCAUUUAUCUUCUUUGGUUUCUUCAUCUGGUUUUUUGGGAGAUUCCAGAAAAGUGAAUUAAUUAAAGACAAACAGGAUAAUUUGUAUGUAAAGAUCAAAAGGAAAUCACCUUCUGAAUUUAGCAAAGAUUUAAAUGAAGUUGCAGAAGAUGCACAAAAGCCUAUAAAUGAUGAAUCAUUGAUGUCCACAGAGACAGAGCUGGCCACAGCUAUUGUACAUAGCACUACUCCUGCUUCACCUACUGAAGACCAGGACACUUUCCUCAAGGAUUCACAGAGCAGCAAUGAGGUUGACACAAAGCCACCUUCUGAACCCAUGCCCCCUUCUAUUUUGCCUGAUCGAUUGGCAAAACCUUUACCUGACCAAGAUGCUGAGACGCAGACUUAAAACAAGCACAUGCCUUAAGUAGGAUUUUACCUUUUCAUUUUUACACAUUUAUAGAUCUUUGUACUUUUUGUGUUACAGUGUCACUUUGACUUAAAAAUCACUGACCUAGGUUUUAAAAUAAAACAGAGCAACUAGAUUAUGUUGGCAACGGCUCUGCUGUGGAACAAAAGUUACUUUUAUUUUUUAAGAAAAGCGUCAUAUUGUGCCUAUACCUAGACAUUCCCAUGUCUUUUGCCUUUCGCAGUAACACAAGGGUAUGUCUUAAUGCUGUAUUAACUUGUACUGUAAUAUUGUAUUCAUCUCUAAUUGAGGUUAAAAUGAUAAAUACUGUACUUCGUGCCUUGAGAAAAUGCAUUUUGUAUUCUAUUGUCUCAAGGAACUUUUUUAAAAAUGUUAGAUUUUCACCUUCACAAAAUAAAAAAAAAAUUAGCAGUUCUUGAAUCUCUAAAAGGAUUGCUCCUGAGAUCAGUGGAGUUUGCCUAAUGUUUUGCUUCAUUCUUCUGAGGCAAAAAUUGUUGUUGGGAGUGCUAGUUAUGAUCACUGCUUAAUUGGUAAUGGUGCGGAUAGUAUUGACAGCUGAACUGCACAUGGAAAAAGGUUUGUUGAUUAAUCUUUUAAUUUUGCUGAACAGGCUGUCUGCCCUAGAAUUCAGUGAUGGAGGUGGGAGGAGAUACUGCUGCCCUGUGCGGACAACAGUAAAUGAGGAGAAUAUAUAUUAAGAAUUGCAUUGCACCUCUGUAUACUAAAGCACAACAGCUGUCUGUAUUGAUAUAUAUGUAUAGAUACCAAUUAAAAAUGUAGCAUAAACAGUCUUUUCAGUUGGUGUUCCUUGCUAUUUGAAGCUUUAUUGGGUUUCACUCAUUAAAAAUGUGGACUUUUCUGGUGUGUGAUAAUAUUUGAUAAUAAUCCCCAGCUUUGUGUUUAUUUAUCUGCUGUACCACUCUUGCCAAACUCAAUUUAUGUUCCCAAUUAAAGUCAAGCGAUGGCUAAUCUUUCCGUCUUUGCUUUACAUGUUUAUUGUAAAGCAAACACGAAGUGGCACUUAAGGUUUCAUUCUUUAUGACACCAUCUUUCCCAUCAUUAUAUAUGCAUGCCAAUUCUGAUCUAUCAGUUUUGGUAUGGGAACAUUUAUAUUGCUAUGACAUAAAUUAACAGGUCAGUUUAAAAGUUUAUUUAAUUACAGAGAUAAAUAGUGGUUAACUCAGUGGGCAAUAGACUAGAUUAUUGAUUUGGAGACCUCAGUUCACUCCUAUCUUAGCAGCUAGGGAUCUUAAACUAAUUAAGAAAAUUUGGAAUGAACAGUUAGUUUCAGUGAUGGUGGCCAUGAAACUCUGGGAUUAUUAUUAAAAAAAGCUGUUUCACAAAUGUCUUCGGGGAAGAAAAUUUGCCAUCCUUCCUAGUCUGGGCCUAUAUGUAACUCAGGUCCCACCAAUACGGUGACUUUAAGUGCAUUCUAAAAUGCUACUCAGUACAAAAGGCUGGACAAUAAAUACUUGGUAAAUUAUGUUCAGCUCCUAUGAACAAAUAAAAAAAGGUGGAAUUUUAGGACAGUAAUAGGACAACAAUUGAUGUUGGAUGCAAAAUUAUUUUCAUUCAUAAUAAAUACAAAAAUCAUUCAAUAUUGUUUUAUCAGGAAUAGCAAAAAUGCAAAAACAAUAUUUCAUUGUUUGUUACUAAUUUAUUGUGAAAUAAAUCAAAGACUUUGCUUAUGUUCUAAUAAUUCAAAAUACAGAGUAGUCAUAGUUGCCAAUGAUAUUUUAAUCUUGUUCAGUCUGCUUGUUUUUCUUGAACUUAAGAAUAUGUUGUAAUAUAACUGAAUAAGCUGGUAAACUGGUUUUCAUUAAUCAAAGUGGUGCAGUAACACUGAAGCUUGUAAUAUUGAUUUGGAAGUGAAAAACUUGCCCAGAAUAAACAUCCAAUAUACCAUCAUGUUUUGGAUCAUGUUGGAAAUUUUGGGCCUGCUUAUUUUA